AUGGCGGCAGGCGCGCGGGGGAAGAAGGACCAAGGCCCCAGAGAGACGCUGUCGGACCCGAGAUCCAGGCUGUGGUCACUUGCGAGCGUAGCUGCCCGCAUGGACAACACCAAAGCCGCUCUGCCGCGUGGCUUCCGGUUCUCGUUCCCGCAAGUAAGUGUGGACCCACGCCAGCACACUGUCCUCAUGAACACCUCCCAUCCACCCCAUCUCUUCGACCUGGCCAAGCAGAGCCUCCUCAAGGAUGAGUCUUGGGUCCCAGUGGCUGCACAGCUCAUACCUUUCCGACUCUGGGAACACCUCUUUGUGGAAGCCAUGUCUGGUAGACACUCGGAGAUUAUGAAGGCCAUGGUAGCCUCCUGGCCCUCGCCAUGCCUGGACUUGGACACUCUGAUUACUGACCAGCAGUUCCAUCCUCUGACCUUGUUGUCAAGUGUGUUCAAGGGGCUUGAGGUCCUGCUAGACCAGGGUCCUCGUCAUGCAGCAGGUCAGCUGAGUGUGCUGUGGCCCACAAUUAUGGAGGAGGAGUCAGAAAUAGAGUUCAUUGGCGCACUCGAGUAUCUAGAGAUGGAAAAGGAAACCCCCAGGAAGAGGAAGAGAGAGGACUGUUCCAUGUCAGCUCCCAGGAAGGCAGAAGUAGCUGUGGAGGUGGUGGCGGAUCUGAUCUUCGACACAACAGAGUUUUACGAUCUGCUCUCCUUCCUCAUGUGGAGGGUGCUGGCGGGGAAAGUGCUCCCUCGGCUUUGCUGUCAGAAGCUAAGCUUUUCAGAUAAUCUACCACAUUAUGAAGUGACUAAGAAGAUCCUUCAAAGUGUGCAGCUGGAUGGCGUCGAGAGGUUGAAAAUCUGCCUCAAGAAGAGGAGAGAUUUCCUGUCCGUGUUGGCUCCUUACCUGUCCCAGAUGGUGCAUCUGAAGACACUCCAGCUCCAGCACUUUAUGCCUCAGAUAUGGACCUCGAGGAGACGUACCCUCAACAAGGGCAGAGCAGAAGAGCUGGAGAGCAUCUUCAUGCAAUUCACUUCCCAGCUCGCCCACCUGCGCCAACUCCAGCAUCUCCACGUGGAUAAUGUCUACCUCUGUGGAAAUAUCCACCACUUUCUCAGGCACUUAGAGGCGCCCUUGGAAACCCUGAGCAUUUCCUUUGUGAUGUGCUUAUUAGAGAACGCAGACAUCAAAUCCCUGUCCCUCUAUCCCUGCACCAGCAAGCUAAAGGCACUCAGUUUCUACAAUACCACGUUGGCCCACAUCAAUCCCGACUUCCUCCGAGCUGCCAUAGACAGGACCUCGGCCACCCUGGAGCGCCUGGACUUAGCUCAUUGUAAGCUCACGGAUUCCCACCUCAACGCCAUCUUACCUGCCCUGAGCCACUGCUCGCAGCUCCAACUGUUUAGAUUUUCUGGAAACUGCGUGGGGAAAUCUACCCUGAAGAAACUGUUACGUCGGACAGUCCCGACCAGGAAGUCCAGGCGCCUGGUGCUUCCUUUGCCUUAUAACAUGGACAGGAAGGACUCUUCAUCACUUGUUAGUGAGUUUGCUCUUCUCCUGAAGCAGUUAGGAGUGCUCAGUCAGGUCAAGGUGUAUCGUUACCAACCCUACAUCCUGGAGUUCCUUGAGGUCUUGAUGGAACUAUCCUAA